AUGUGUCAGGUGGGGUCGGGCUUUACCGAUGUCGACAGAGCGUACCUGUACGAGAAGCUGGCAGGCAACACCUGCGAGAGGCCGCCGCCAUGCUACAAGAUUCGUGACCCACUUAAGAGUGUGGUACUGGAAGUGCAUGCAGACCUGCGCCUUGUGCGCUCCAAGGUGUACGCCAGUGACUACAGCCUGCGCUUCCCACGCUUUGAUCGCAUCAGCUGGGAUGAUGCCUGA